AUAACGAGCACCCCAAGUCAACGACAAUGCCAAAAAGAAAGCGUGAUUCGACGCCAUUACCAAGAAGGCGCGCCAAGCGCAACGAUGGCGCCCAGUCCAGUCAAGGAGAUGGUCAAACUGAAACCAGUGGAAGCAUGGGACAGCCGUCCUUUAACUUAUCUAAUGAGCAGUUGCAGCAGGUGUCAGAAGCUGUAGCAAACAUCCUAAGCAAGCAGAGCGAGACAAACCCCCCAAUGCCCAUAGAGCCACUGGAAACCCCCAUGGCCACACGGGAACAGAGUCAAGGUCAACUGGUCUGCAAGCAACAUGGCGGCCUCAGCUACCCAGGAGACCCGCGGCACCAAGUUCAGCUAUUAGAGCACCUUAUACCCAAUCAGCUAGACCUCAGUAAUAUUGCAGCAAGCCCGAUUAACGUACCGAGAUUAGGCGAUUUAUUAGCAAAUUACCCACUUGGUUUGGUAGCCUUAGAACUUUUGCAGGGUUUUACAUAUGGUUUUAGGUUGUGUUAUGAAGGGCCUCGAGUGGCCACGCAG